GUGACCCACAGAGGCCAAGACUCAGAAGAGUUAGACAUUUAGGUGCAGAGUUGGUAAUCAGAGGCCUCUCCUGAAAAUGAUAUACCUAUGCUGGGAGAAUGUUCCAAGGCUCAGGAAACCAAACCAACUCUGGAUGGUAGCACAUUCCAGACCAGGGGGCUCACAGGAUCCCCCACGCAGGUUGGGUUUCCAAUUGUCCCAGUCUGGGGUUCCCCCUGCAGCUGGCCUCACAGACUCCAGCGUCCAGGGCUGGUGAGUAACCUCAGCCAGAGAGGCAGGGAGGUGGGGGUUUAUGGCCUGGACCCUGAUUUUCCAGGUUUUUCUCUGGAUUCCAGAAAUGGGGAUUUAAAAACUAGAAUCUCCCUGAAUUUUCAAAAUCAGCAACUUAAAAGGAAUUUUUUUUUUUAAUUAAAAAGGAAAAGAACUGUCCAGACAAAAUAAGAUCUGCAGUAUCUCUUGAACCCAGGGCCUGAGCCAGAGGAGGGCCAAAUCCACUGCAUGGCAAUUGUUAGACCUCAGUUUCCUCAUCCGUAAAGUGGGAAGGGAAAUAAACUGAUAAAUUAACUGAUGAAGAUCUGAGGAUAAACGAGUUGACAAGCGAUGUGCUCAGGCCCCAGCCGGCGUAAGCGCCGGUGAAUUUUUACCCGUGUUGAGAGGUGGCGACCCUCUGGCGGGGGCCGUCAGUCAUCUUGCCUGGGACUGCCAUCCCAUCCCCUCCCUCUGAGGGGGUGUACUCCCUGACACCGGGAGCCCUCAAACGGCACACCUGCGUCUUGGGCCAGCCCUGGGGAUGUUGGAAGGCAGGGAGAUGUUCACCCCCUGGGGCCCGGGAGGAGGGGCAGGCAGGGACAGGCAGAGCCGGGGGGUGGGUCUAGCUGGCGCCUGGUACAUAGUAGGUGCUCCAUAAAUGUUUAUUGAAUGAAUGAAUGGAGGCCAUGCAGGCAGAGGCAGCCGCGAGUGCGCAGGCACUGGUGAAAGAGCGGGUCCUGCAGACUGCACAUCCUGCAGCAGCACCUGCAUGCGCACCUGCAUACCAAUGCGGUCCCCAGACGUUCCCAGACGCAGGAGGAGGGACCGUGCCUGGAGCUGACGAAGGUUCUGUGACAGGAACCAGGGGGCAGAUGGGUCUCUUCCUUCCUCUCCCCAUCCCUCGCGCUGCCCCCUCACCAAAGCUCCACUCUCCUGCCUCCUCUGGGAACCGUCUGAAGUUCUGAGCCCAGAAACCAAGGAAGAAGUGAAGGAGGAGGGACUGGAAGUCAAAACCAGAGAACCUGUAGGAGAGAGGCACAAAGCCGGGGAAGCAGGCUGAGGGGCCCUGGCUCCCCUAGCCCCGGCCAGGCCGCGGUGCCCAGUGCCUGGGUGUGGCGCCCGCGAAGGCUGCUGGCCGUCAGCACUAGCUGGGGGGCCCCCGUGCUGGGGGUCACCCCCAAGAUGGUGGCGACCCUGGGGAGGACUGUGCUGCCAGCCCUGGCCUCCGGCCGCUAGGCUCCCCACCACGCCCAGGCCCCAUACCCCGAGGCCGGCCUGCCAGGGGCCAGCGGCCGGUGCCAUGCUGCGCCUCGGGCUGUGCGCCGCCGCGCUGCUGUGCGUGUGCCGGCCGGGCGCUGUGCGCGCCGACUGCUGGCUCAUCGAGGGCGACAAGGGCUACGUGUGGCUGGCCAUCUGCAGCCAGAACCAGCCGCCCUACGAGACCAUCCCGCAGCACAUCAACACCACGGUGCACGACCUGAGACUCAACGAGAACAAGCUCAAGGCCGUGCUCUACUCCUCGCUCAACCGCUUCGGGAACCUCACCGACCUCAACCUCACCAAAAAUGAGAUCUCCUACAUCGAGGACGGUGCCUUCCUGGGCCAGUCGAGCCUGCAGGUCCUGCAGCUGGGCUACAACAAGCUCAGCAACCUGACGGAGGGCAUGCUGCGUGGCAUGAACCGCCUGCAGUUCCUCUUUGUGCAGCACAACCUCAUCGAGCUGGUGACGCCGACCGCCUUCUCCGAGUGCCCCAGCCUCAUCAGCAUCGACCUGUCCUCCAACCGCCUCAGCCGCCUGGACGGUGCCACCUUCGCCAGCCUUGCCAGCCUGAUGGUGUGCGAGCUGGCCGGCAACCCCUUCAACUGCGAGUGUGACCUCUUCGGCUUCCUUGCCUGGCUCGUGGUCUUCAACAACGUCACCAAGAACUACGACCGCCUGCAGUGCGAGUCGCCGCGGGAGUUCGCCGGGUACCCGCUGCUCGUGCCCCGGCCCUACCACAGCCUCAACGCCAUCACCGUGCUCCAGGCCAAGUGCCGCAACGGCUCGCUGCCCGCCCGGCCCGUGAGCCACCCCACGCCCUUCUCCACCGACACGCAGAGGGAGCCCGACGAGAACUCGGGCUUCAACCCCGAGGAGAUCCUCUCGGUGGAGCCGCCUGCCUCGUCCACCACCGACGCAGCGGCCGGGCCCGCCAUCAGCCUGCACCACGUCACCUUCACCUCGGCCACCCUGGUGGUCACCAUCCCUCACCCCUACAGCAAAAUGUAUGUGCUGGUUCAGUACAACAACAGCUACUUCUCUGACGUCAUGACUCUCAAGAACAAGAAAGAGAUAGUCACGCUUGACAAGCUGCGGGCACACACGCAAUACACCUUCUGCGUGACCUCGCUGCGGCACAGCCGCCGCUUCAACCACACCUGCCUGGCCUUCACCACGCGGGAUGCCGUCCCGGGCGACCUGGCGCCCAGCACCUCCACCACCACCCACUACAUCAUGACCAUCCUGGGCUGCCUCUUCGGCAUGGUCAUCGUGCUGGGCGCCGUCUACUACUGCCUGCGUAAGCGGCGCCUGCAGGAGGAGAAGCAGAAGUCUGUCAAUGUCAAGAAGACCAUCCUGGAGAUGCGCUACGGGGCCGACGUGGAUGCCGGUUCCAUCGUCCACACCGCCCAGAAGCUGGGGGAGCCCCCCGUGCUGCCCGUGUCCCGCAUGUCCUCCAUCCCCUCCAUGAUCGGGGAGAAGCUGCCCACCGCCAAGGGGCUGGAGGCUGGGCUGGACACGCCCAAGGUGACCACCAAAGGCAACUACAUGGAGGUGCGCACUGGGGCGGGCGGGGACGGCCUGGCCCGGCCCGAAGAUGACCUCCCAGACCUCGAGAACGGCCAGGGCUCGGCCGCCGAGAUCUCCACCAUCGCCAAGGAGGUGGACAAGGUCAACCAGAUCAUAAACAACUGCAUCGACGCCCUCAAGCUGGACUCGGCCUCCUUCCUGGGGGGCGGCGGUGGCGGCGGCGGGGACCCCGAGCUGGCCUUUGAGUGCCAAGCCCUCCCUGCAGCCGCCACCGCCCCCUCGGCCACCGCCCCUGGAGGGGCGCUGGAGCGGCCCAGCUUCCUCUCCCCCCCCUACAAGGAGAGCUCCCACCACCCGCUGCAGCGCCAACUGAGCGCCGAUGCUGCCGUGACCCGCAAGACCUGCAGCGUCUCGUCCAGCGGCUCCAUCAAGAGCGCCAAGGUCUUCAGCCUGGACGUGCCCGACCACCCGGCCGCCUCGGGGCUGGCCAAGGGCGACUCCAAGUACAUCGAGAAGGGCAGCCCCCUCAACAGCCCGCUGGACCGGCUCCCGCUGGUGCCCGCGGGCGGGGGCGGCGGCGGGGCCGGGGGCAUCCACCACCUGGAGGUGAAGCCCGCCUACCACUGCAGCGAGCACCGGCACAGCUUCCCCGCGCUCUACUACGAGGAGGGCGCCGACAGCCUCAGCCAGCGCGUGUCCUUCCUCAAGCCGCUGACCCGCUCCAAGCGGGACUCCGCCUACUCGCAGCUCUCCCCCAGACACUACUACUCGGGGUACUCCUCCAGCCCCGAGUACUCGUCCGAGAGCACGCACAAGAUCUGGGAGCGCUUCCGGCCCUACAAGAAGCACCACCGCGAGGAGGUGUACAUGGCCGCCGGCCACGCCCUGCGCAAGAAGGUCCAGUUCGCCAAGGACGAGGACCUGCACGACAUCCUCGACUACUGGAAGGGGGUCUCGGCCCAGCAGAAGCUGUGAGCCCCUCCUCCCCGGUGAGGUCGGG